ACACAGAAAAAAAAUCAACAAAUUUCAGAAGAUCCGAAGAAGAAACGAUGCCUCUGAGUGCGACAAUGGUCGGAGCUUUAUUGGGUCUCGGAACCCAGAUGUACUCCAACGCCCUCCGCAAGCUCCCUUAUAUGCGUCAUCCAUGGGAGCAUGUGGUGGGUAUGGGACUUGGUGCUGUGUUUGCGAACCAGCUUGUGAAAUGGGAUGUGAAGCUUAAGGAAGAUCUCGAUGUGAUGCUUGCUAAAGCCAGAGCUGCUAAUGAGCGCCGUUACUUUGAUGAAGAUCGGGAUUAGUUUUGCGUAAUCUUUGAAGUCUUCAGAAAAGAAUAUCUUUCCCUGAAGUCAUCGCAAGUGCUUGUUUUGUUUGAUCUUCCCUGUAAAAGCGUUUCUUCUCCUUUUCUUUAGAGCUAGUUCUCUUUGACUUCAGCUCUGGAGUUCUUUUCAUUCUCUGUUUUCGAAUAUGAACCUAAAGAUUUGUGUGUUUCACAAUCUUAAUCUGUUUGUACCUGGGUAAUAAUGGCGAAAUGAUAAACCUUGCAGUUCUUU